CACCGAGAGCGCAUACCACGCGCGUCGGCCAGUCGCUUGACAGUACGUUUUCGAGCGUGUCUUACGCGUCUCGUGCGGCCCGUGCUCUUGCGAUGCCCAAGUGGUGGUUGGUGGUGCUACUGGCAGCGAGUGCGGCGGCGGGCGGCCGCCUGCCCCGUACCUCGCCGCCCGCUUCAGCGCCCGCGCCCGCUCCCGCGCCAGUUCCCGCUCCGCGCCUUCCCCAGAGGAACUUUACCCUGUCCAGCAGGACAUCCGUACGGAACAGGGAACAAUAUAUAUUUAACGUCUUCGAAGUGAUUGUUAGUACAUUGGAGACAAAAUUACAAAGGAUAGAAAACUUAGAUAAAGCUGUAGAACAUUUGAUGCGACGAGUGGAAGCAUUGGAUUCUCGUGUUAAUGACAACAUAGACAAAACUGAUGCCAUCAUUUCAAAACUAGGAAAUCUCGACUUAAAACUAUUCAGUCAGCUCAAUCAAGAUGAAGAAGAAGUGUUUACAGAGAGGACAGUUAAGAGAAAGAGUGAAAGUAAAAUUAGCGAUACACAAUUACUUGACCGAAAGUUAGAAUCCUUGGAUCAAAAGGUGUCAAACAUUGAUUCAAAAUUAGUAGGUUUAAAAAAUCAAAUAGAUAAUAAUUUCUUACCAGUUGAUGAUAUUAAUGCUGAAGCUAGCGAAAAGAAGCCAAUCAACUUAAACGUUAUUGAAAUUGCGAAAGGUCUCAAUACAGAAGUAGUUAAUACGAUCACAAAAGAAGUCGAUCAACUAAGAACGUCAAUGUCCACCGUUGAUCGUAAGCUACAAUUUCACAUAAAUCUUGUUUCUGAAAAUUUAGGUAAAGUACUUUAUAUGAUGGCAGAUGUUCAUGCAGCUAUAGUGGAACCCGACUCUGCGUCAAUAAAUGUUAACAACAUUUUUAAGAAUAGGACAACAACAAGUACUCAAUCUCCCAUAUCCAAAGGAAGUAAAAUAGAUACACUUGUAAAUAAAAUCAUUCCUAUGAUGAGUGUAUCGGAGAAAAUGGACGAAGUUUGGGAUGUUGUCGUUGGGACUAAAAGUUCUGUUGACGAUUUGGUACCAAAAUCAGAUGAACUGCUUACACAAACUCAGAGACAAGAGCGAGCCAUUGGUCAAAUUCACAACGACCUGAGACUAAAAACAAAUCUUAUUAUAGAAAAUUUGGAUAUGGUAGAAAAGCGACUGAAAAAACAAGAAGAUGACGUCGCAACAUUAGCCCAGCGUCCAGUGCCUGCUGAAUUACUUCUGGAUCCGACUAUCGACAGGCUAGUGGAGUACGCUCCAAGCAGAUAUAGAUAUGACGAGCCCUCUACUGACCCUAAUAUGAGUACUGUCGCAGCUACAACUUCGCCGAGCUUCUCUGCUACAAUCAAUAACAGCCUGAACACUUCGACCAGCCCGAGCAGUGCUAGCGGCUCGAGUAGCACAAACUCACCCACGACCAUGGCGGCAACCAGUUCCAGUAGCGUUAGUGGUAACACCACCAGCGGCGCCAGCAACUCUGGUCCACGUCCCGCUAGCCGUAAGGGUGGCAUCAUCUUCCCCAGCGUUAAAAACAAGCCUAUCGUCGGCAAUAACACUUUUGCCUCAGAGAUCGUCGCCAACUAUAAAGAUGUGAAAGGUUACUCAUGCGUCGAUCUUCUGAACGCUGGGAUGCGGGACUCUGGAGUAUAUUACUUGCAAAUCCGGGGCACCACUUAUUGGUUCCUUAAAGUGUUCUGCGAACAAAACGUCGCUGAUGGAGGAUGGACGGUAAUCCAUCGUCGGGAUGAUUAUGGUGUUCCGGUGGAGAAUUUCAACCGAGACUGGAGUGAUUAUAAAAAUGGUUUCGGAGACCCUAACAAAGAAUUUUGGCUCGGCAAUGAAAAUAUUUACAUGCUGACAAACAAUGAUGAUUACAUGCUCAGGGUUGAGCUUGAGGACUUCGAUGGAAACAAAAGAUAUGCGCAGUAUUCGCACUUCAAAAUAUAUUCAGAAGCGGAAUACUACAAAUUAGAGAUAGAUGGCUACGAGGGAAAUGCGGGCGAUUCACUAAACGACCCGUGGUACGGAUCCAACAACAGUCCCUUCUCUACGUAUAAUAGAGACAACGACAGAUCUUCUCUGAAUUGUGCAUCGAUGCUAAAGGGUGGUUGGUGGUGGAAGUCUUGCGGACGCGGUCUCAACGGUCUCUACCUUCAUGAUCCACAAGAUCUCACUGCUCGACAAGGCAUCGUAUGGUUCCGUUGGCGAGGAUGGGACUACACUCUGAAGCGGGCUUCAAUGAUGAUCAAACCCAAAGGCCUACAACCCAACACGUGAAGCCGCAUCAACGUUUAGACAUUAUCAUAUCCGGCCUCUGUUUAAAUUUACGGAUUUAUUGUGUCAUAUAACCGUUCAUUUCUAUUACAAAUGUGAAGAAAUAAGGUUACUAAUACACGUGUGACAAAUAUUUAAAAAUACCGUUAAAUUUCUCAAAAAAUAUACUUAGGUACUGAGUUAUACCAAUUCGUGUGCAAUUUUAGGGAAAAGUAAUAUAAUUCAAAUAUAAAGUAUAGAGAGUACACAAGUUGAAAAUAUAUAAGCGUUAUACUACAUGUGAAUAUAUACUAAGAAAAUUUGUGGCACGCGCAUUAAACGUGGUUGAAUUCAUCGCGGCAUAUAAUUACAUGUUAUCUAUAAAGUGCAUUACCUUUUGUUUCUUAUUUCGUAUUUAUUCAUACCUUUAUCUAUACUAAUAUUAU